AUGGCGUCCACAGACCGUGAGAUUGAUACUACUGCAGCUCCAUCCUACGAUAGCGAGGAGGUCACCCAGCACGUCGUCUUGAAUGAAAAGGCUAUGGAUGCCGAUUUGGAGAAGGAGAAUCAGAUCACCCCGGAUGGCGGCGAACCCACCAUCUUGGAGAAGACUUCCUUGCGCCAUGUCGCAGAGAACCUGCCCCUCUCCGCCUGGCUGGUGGCUGUCGUCGAGCUGUGCGAGCGUUUCACCUACUACGGCAUGUCCGGUCUGUUCCAGAACUACGUCCAGCGACCUCGGGAUGGUAGCGAGGGACGUGGCGCGCUCGGUAUGGAUCACCAAGGUGCCACCGGUCUUACGACCUUUUUCCAGUUCUGGUGUUAUGUUACCCCUAUCCUCGGUGCCAUCGUCGCCGAUCAAUAUCUCGGCAAGUACAAGACUAUUGUGCUGUUCUGUAUGGUCUAUAUGGUUGGUCUGCUCAUCCUCGUCUGCACCUCCAUCCCCUCUGCCCUGGAUCACGGUGCGGGUCUUGGUGGCUUCGUUGUCGCCAUAUUGAUCAUUGGCCUUGGUACCGGUGGUAUCAAGAGUAACGUGGCUCCUUUGAUUGCGGAUCAGUACAAGCGGAAAAAGAUGGCUAUCACCACCACCAAAAAGGGCGAACGCGUGGUAAUCGACCCGGCCCUGACCAUCCAGCGUAUCUACAUGAUCUUUUACGGAUGCAUCAACCUCGGUUCGCUAUCCCUUCUCGCCACUCCUUACAUGGAAUUGUACAUCGACUUUUGGCCCGCCUACCUUCUUUGUCUCUGCAUGUUCAUGGUCGGUACCGUGGUGAUUGUUCUCGGCCGCAAGUACUACGUCGUUCGCCCACCCCAGGGCUCCAUCAUCACCAACGCUUUCCGCGCCCUUUGGAUUAUGAUCAAGAAUCGCAACACGGAUGCUCCCAAGCCCUCCUGGCAGAACGAGCACAAUGGUGUGUCGGCUGUCGACUGGGACGACCACUUUAUCGAUGAGCUGAAGCGUGCCCUGGUCGCGUGCCGCGUCUUUGCCUUCUAUCCGAUCUACUGGGUCGUCUAUGGACAAUUCUCCGGCAACUUCGUAACCCAAGCCGGCCAGAUGGAAGGCCACGGCAUUCCCAACGAUCUAAUGCAGAACUUUGAUCCCAUCUCCAUCAUCGUCUUCAUUCCCAUUCUUGAAUCCUGUAUCUACCCCCUGAUGCGCCGCAUGAAGAUCCCCUUCCCCCCCAUCACCCGUAUCUCCCUUGGCUUCAUCGUCGCCUCGCUUGCCAUGAUGUACGCCGCCAUCGUGCAACACCUGAUCUACUCCGCCGGCCCCUGCUACGGCCACCCUCUGUGCGCGGCCUCCGAGGUCGAUGGCUCAGCCCAAGGCAACAGGGUGCACAUCGCCAUUCAAACCCCGGCCUAUGUCUUCAUCGGUUUGUCUGAGAUUUUCGCCUCCGUCUCCGGUCUCGAGUACGCCUACACCAAGGCGCCACCCAGCAUGAAGUCCUUCGUGCAGUCGAUGUUCCUCCUCACGAACGCGUUUGGAUCUGCUCUCGCCGAAGCCCUCACCCCCGCCGCCUUUGAUCCCGCCAUCAUGUGGAUGUUCGCCGGUCUUGCCUGUGCAUCCUUCUUGUGUGGUUUCAUCUUCUACGCCCUCUUCCGUCACCUGAAUGCAAAGGAAGACGACAUGAACGCCCUUGAUGUCGAGGACAACGAGCCAGAAGCUCCGCUCGGUACGGAACCGCGCCAGUCCAAGCCCGAAUAA